CCGAGUUUUGUGCAGCAUCACCAAAAUGGAUCGACAUCUAAACAAGAUGCUCCUCAACUUGUUACUUGCGUUCUUCGUUGCCAUUGUGUUUGUCACUCCAAUCUCUAUCGCCGAUGUCCAGCCUGACGCUUAUAAGCCGCCACGCUCUCCAUACAAGCCAAAGCCGCCGCCACACAAGCCGCCUUCUCCAUACAAGCCUCCGAGCACGGUAGAUACUGAGGCUGAAACUCAGGUGGACGGCCUUCCUCAGGGAUAUCACAAGCCGCCGAUGCGUGGUCCACCGAAGCAUAAACCACCAAGCACGGUAGAGAAUGAGGCUGAAACUCAGGUGGACGGCCUUCCUCAGGGAUAUCACAAGCCGCCGAUGCGUGGGCCACCGAAGCAUAAACCACCAAGCACGGUAGAGAAUGAGGCUGAAACUCAGGUGGACGGCCUUCCUCAGGGAUAUCACAAGCCGCCGAUGCGUGGGCCACCGAAGCAUAAACCACCAAGCACGGUAGAGAAUGAGGCUGAAACUCAGGUGGACGGCCUUCCUCAGGGAUAUCACAAGCCGCCGAUGCGUGGGCCACCGAAGCAUGGCCCACCGAUGCGCAAGCCACCGCCGAAAUACAGGCCACCCACUGCCAAUUAGGUUAUGAUCACCACAAACUCUAUAUGCAUGAAGCACAUAUAUGUGCAGAAAUAAGAGUACUCUUGGCUCAUGUCUAAUGUCCUUUUCAUGUAAUUAUCAAGUACGUACUGUUUGCUAUAUGUGCGUGCUUGCAUGCUUUUAGCUACUUGCUUUGUGCGCAUGCGCCUGCGUAAGACUUGUUCAUGCUGUUUUGUAAUAUAUAGCUCGGUGAUGGGAAUUCACGUUUGGUUCUGCUCUUGUUAAAGUAAAAUAUGUGUUUGUGUUUGUGAGUA